GAAGGGCUUGAAAAUGGCAACAAGGGUAAAAAGCCUGAGGCUAAUUCCUCAAAUCAGAGCAAACAAGUGAAAACAAGAGAUGAUCCAGCCAUGUAUGAAAAGUUCUUCCAAGAAAUGUUUGAAUUUCAGGUAAAUAGUUGUGGUUUGAAAAGGUAACAUUCAUCUUUCUGCAAAGUUCACUAGUAAGCAGUCAUCUUGUUGGCCAAAGCAGGUUCUCUCAGCUAGUGCCAAAACAUGUGUAGUAUGGAGAGGUCAAGAUUAUCACUACCAAUUAGAUCUGUUAUCAUAUUUUUGGAGUAUAUAGUGUGUAUUGCUUGCCAGCUGAGAGGUCUGUUGAGUAAAAAAGUGUAACCAAGGAAACAGCAUUUUUAAACCCUGAGUCACAUUUCUUCCCUCUUCAUAGUUACUGACUCUGAGCUGCUAAAUAACUAAGUAUUUAUAUUUUCCCUCUACAGGAAAAAAAACAGAACAAGAGAAAUUACUGGGUAUUUGCCAAAGGCCAAUGGAAUAGGUUAAAAUUAUAGUGAGUUCAUUUUUUACUAGUUUGAUUGUGCAGUAAAUUCUCAGAGCCAGAGAGGAUUGGUCAGGGUCAACAGAGUGAAAAGGGGGG